UUCAGCUCCAGCCAGAGCACGGUGGGCCCCGAGUGGCUGGCUGCCAGCCCCGUCUGCGCGGCGGCGGCGGCGGGCGGGCAGCCAGGCAGGCAGGCGUAGUCCGGCCCGCCUCACUCACUCCGCUCCUCACUCGCUUGCUCCCUCUCUCCCAGUCAACCAGUCCCGCUCCUGCCCCGUCCAGUCCUCCUGCCACUCUCCGGCCCGUUUCGUCCUCACCCGUCCCGCCGGCUCCGGCCCCGCGGCCCCGGUCGGUUACGUCGCGCACGUAGUGGACGCUGGUGCCGCGAGCGCGACGCGCCGAGCGCGGCGAUAUGGUGCUUUUCGGGCGCAAGGCCCGGACCGACGUCCGCGAGCUGCUCGCCAGCCAGGAUACAGUGCUUCAGGACGCCAACGGCAGGCCGGUUGAAAACGCCGGAUACCUGGACUCCGUCGACGCCCUGGGGAUCGAGUUGCCGACGCCUGCUCCGGUCGGCGGACACAGCGCGAGGGACGCCAACUCCACGGACACGGACCUCAUCUUCCUGGAGAGCAUAGCAAGGAGAGAGUUCACCGAUCAGGAGAUGGCUACGGCUCUCGAGGUCCUGCUAGACAUCCUCCCUGCCACACCCUCUGCAAUGUCGUUCCUGUCUAUUCUUCAAACACGAUUGCCACAACGUUCCCUGCAGGCACUGCAAGUUCUCAUGGCAAGGGAUUUGAAGCAUUGGGUGUCGCAUGCCCACCUAUCAUUGACUUUGUACGGAUCAAUAGGGAACCUUACUGAAAGCAAGAUUCUAUACCUCCUAGACUACAUGAUGAGCAAAUAA